AUGUCAAAUGUUGAGCUGUGUGAUGGAAGCUUCGUGUUGACCAUUUACAAGCCCUCACAAUACGACUUCCUCAGCCUCCUGUCUUUACUUUUUCCCAUCAAAAUUCAAAUUCCCACCUCACAGUUUCCCAUUUCUCUCUUCAUCUCUCCCAACUCCACCACACCCAUGGAUGAUUUCAAAUCAAAGUCAUACAACUACAGUGAUCGAGACAUGCAAUUAGAGAGAUACAAUGGUGGAUUUGGCUCAAAAAUGCCCGAUUUCGAACACCACCCACCCCGCGAUUUCAGAUCUUACAGCGUUUCAUAUGCCUCUUCCUACAAAAUCCCACAAACGAACAUGGAUAUCGUUGUUUCAGGCGCUGGAAAUGAUUUCAAGCUGAAGAAAGGGAAAUCCACAAAUGGAUCCGCUACAAAAUCAUGGAGUUUUAGUGAUCCUGAGUUUCAGAGGAAGAAGAGGGUUGCAGGAUACAAAGUCUACUCUGUUGAAGGAAAACUCAAAGGGUCCUUUAGGAAGAGCUUCAGAUGGCUUAAAGAUAAGUAUACCCAUGUUGUUUAUGGGUAA